CAUUGACGGAAUAUUUAUCGCUGUAUUUCAGAUUCUUUUCCUGCCUACCUGGACCUUGAACCGCUAUGAAUUCAAAUCCAACAGAAUCCCGUGCUAAUGCUCACCAGAAGAAACCCCUUCUGAUUAUCGUUAUGGGAGUAAGCGGCACUGGGAAAACUACACUUGCGACAUCGCUAUCGAAGAUAUAUCGGCUACCAUACAUCGAAGGAGACGAGAUGCACCCCAAAGCGAAUAUCGAUAAGAUGUCUGCGGGUAUACCGCUCACCGAUGCUGAUAGAGAACCUUGGUUGGAGCUUAUCCGGACGAAAGUGGUGAAAAUGGUAGAAGAGCAGAGAAAGGACAAACACGAGAAAGAGUUUCACGGAGUGAUAGUGACUUGUUCGGCGUUGAAGAGUUACUAUCGUGAUAUGUUGAGGGGUCGGCGCAAAACGACGGUGAAGACGGAGGAGACAGCCAACGAGGAAGCACCAUCUCCUGAUACUCUACCGACAGUAUUCACGUACUUGAAAGGGAAAAAAGAGGUCUUGUUGGAUCGAAUGGCGAGACGACAGAAUCACUAUAUGAAGGCGAAUAUGCUGGACAGCCAGUUGGAGACCUUGGAGGAUCCAGAGGGUGAAGAGAACGUUAUUGUUUUGAGCAUUGAGGAUUCUACAGAGCAGCAGUUAGAGCAGGUGAAGGAAGGACUAAGCAAGCUUGAAUUGUAGACGUUUUCCAGUAGGGAGAGAUGUAGCAUACGAGCAGGAGGGGGGCACAUUGGGUAGUAUGUCCGAUCCGUUGACCCCCAUUUUGGACCAUUUUUGGUACAUACUUUUGGGUCAAUUUGGGUAGGUAUUUGGUACAUUUGGAUCGGGUAGGUGAAUUUUGGUCCAUUUUGUGUACAUAACCGAUACAACCUCGUAUCUACCGUACCUGAUCAUUUUAAGGGUACUAUAUUGUAGAAGAAUCGAAACAAAC